GUGGGCCCCGACGGCACGUUUCCCAGUCAGCGAACAGCAGGCAGGCCCCGCGCGGCGGCCGGGGGGCAGCGGCGGCGCCCUGGGGCCAAGGGGCCCCACAGUGGCCAACCAUGACCUUCGGGCGCAGCGGGACGACCUCCGUGGUGCUGAACGUGGGCGGCGCCCGGUACUCGCUGUCCAGAGAGCUGCUGAAGGACUUCCCGCUGCGCCGGGUGAGCCGGCUGCACGGCUGCCGCUCCGAGCGCGACGUGCUCGAGGUGUGCGACGACUACGACCGCGAGCGCAACGAGUACUUCUUCGACCGGCACUCGGAGGCCUUCGGCUUCAUCCUCCUCUACGUGCGCGGCCACGGCAAGCUGCGCUUCGCGCCGCGGAUGUGCGAGCUCUCCUUCUACAACGAGAUGAUCUACUGGGGCCUGGAGGGCGCGCACCUCGAGUACUGCUGCCAGCGCCGCCUCGACGACCGCAUGUCCGACACCUACACCUUCUACUCGGCCGACGAGCCGGGCGUGCUGGGCCGCGACGAGGCGCGGCCGGGGGGCUCCGAGGUAGCCCCCUCCAAGCGCUGGCUGGAGCGCAUGCGGCGGACCUUCGAGGAGCCUACGUCGUCGCUGGCCGCGCAGAUCCUGGCCAGCGUGUCGGUGGUGUUCGUGAUCGUGUCCAUGGUGGUGCUGUGCGCCAGCACGCUGCCCGACUGGCGCGCUGCGGCCGCAGACAACCGCAGCCUGGAUGACCGGAGCAGGUACUCCGCCGGCCCUGGGAGGGAGCCUUCCGGGAUAAUUGAAGCUAUCUGCAUAGGUUGGUUCACUGCAGAGUGCAUCGUGAGGUUCAUCAUCUCCAAAAACAAGUGUGAGUUUGUCAAGAGACCCCUGAACAUCAUUGAUUUACUGGCAAUUACUCCGUAUUACAUCUCCGUGUUAAUGACAGUAUUUACGGGCGAGAACUCUCAACUGCAGAGGGCUGGAGUCACCUUGAGGGUUCUUAGGAUGAUGAGGAUUUUUUGGGUGAUUAAGCUUGCCCGUCACUUCAUUGGUCUUCAGACACUCGGUUUGACUCUCAAACGAUGCUACCGAGAGAUGGUUAUGUUACUUGUUUUCAUUUGUGUUGCCAUGGCAAUCUUUAGUGCACUUUCUCAGCUUCUUGAACAUGGGUUGGACCUGGAAACAUCCAACAAGGACUUCGCCAGCAUCCCCGCUGCCUGCUGGUGGGUGAUUAUUUCUAUGACUACAGUUGGCUAUGGAGAUAUGUAUCCUAUCACAGUGCCUGGGAGAAUUCUUGGAGGAGUUUGUGUUGUCAGUGGAAUUGUACUGUUGGCAUUACCUAUCACUUUUAUCUACCAUAGCUUUGUGCAGUGUUAUCAUGAGCUCAAGUUUAGAUCAGCUAGAUAUAGUAGGAGCCUCUCUGCUGAGUUCCUAAAUUAAUGCAUUGCGAAUCAGUUUUUGCAUACACUUUGUUUGAUAGAAAGAGUUGACGCUAUUUCAUAUUCAUGCGUUUCUUGCUGGGUGAGCACUGCGGUAAUACUGUCAUCAUCUUGGUAGGGAAAAAAUUAUCCUUCCCAGCUCAAAGAAUAAAACAAUCUCUUUAUUAUGGAGUGAAUAGGAUUGAGACGGCAAAGGAAAGGUAAUGGCUCCUAGAAUAAAUUUUAGGACCUUGUUUUAUCUACACUUGUCUCGUUGUCUUGAACAAUUACACUUUUAUUUUCCUCACCCAUUAUUUGAACAUUUUAAAACUGAAGGGAACCAUUUUAUGAAUGUUUUUCCAUCUUAUGAAUUCACAAGGAACUUGGAACUUCUAGUGUUAUUUUUCUUUUUUGGUUGGAGAGUAACAUUUUCAUUUCUAAAUGUUUUAUAAUUUCUCAUAUCAAUGUCAGAAGUAUCCCGGAAACAUAUGCCUCACGCAGGAACUGUUUAACAACUACUUUUAAAAAUUGGCCACAUUUUAAACUCUAUGUUGGCACUACAUACAAGCAAGAAUAAUAUUUUAAACUUCUCCAGCAUACUUUUCAAUUCUCUGAUUUAUUUUUGUUCCUAAUAUUCACCUUUAUGGAAGCUUGAGUGUGUUAGACCUUUCCCAGUUUGGAUUUCUUCUGUAUUUUAAGUGAAAUGACUCAAAAAGUGUUUAAGAAUGAAGAGAGCUCCUACUGUUUAGCACUUUAUUGAAUAAUAUCUGAAAGUAACAAUUGUCCUAACAUUUAGAUGUCCAAACAAGAAUGUUUCCAACAUAAAAAUGAUAGUUUGAUGCUGCUCAGUAUUUAAACCCGUAUUUAUGGUUUCUUCUCUUAAUUUCUUUUUUCUCAAACACUGUGGGUUUAAUAAGACUUACCAGAUGAAAGGAUGUUUAUGUAACCUUUUUACACCGAGGUUGUACUUUGUAUGUUGUCACUGGAUUAUCAUAUAAAGAGAAAUUGAUUAUUUCUGUACUCUUGUUUGCUGCAUAGCCAAAGCCAAUUUUAAGUCAGCUAAAAGCAAUGAAUACAUAAUUUUUUUUAUCUGUGCUUCAUCAUUAUGAAUCACAGCUACACCAAAACUGCUGUAUAAUAUGCCCCAAUAAUCUGCUAGACUAUUAGGACUAAAUAAAGAAAAACUGAUAAUUGUUCAGUGCUAAAUUUUAGUACUAUAAAUGAGAAUUUUGCUUUUUUCAACCAGUUGCCAAAAAGAAAUCUGUGUAUGAACACACAAAAAUUAAAGUAAUAGAUUCAUGAAUAAUUUAAUAUUGUAUACUGUAAACUAUAAAAUUAAAAAUGUAAAGAUAUAGUUUACUUACGGGAAGGAGGGGACGAGAAGUGGGUGGGUGGGUGGGGGGUCAGUAUAUAUUUAUCAAAGAAAGAACCAGAAGUGUUCAUUAAAGGAAUAUUAGCCAUCACCUAGUUCAAACGCUGGCUGCUAUACGACAAAGGGAAAAAGAAAAAAAAAAAAAACAAAAAAAACACACAAAAAAACAGGGCAAGAGAGGAUAUGAUUGUGAAAGAAUUGGGCUAAAACCUGGAUUUCUAGAAACCUAGUCCAGUAGCUUCUCCCUAACACACCUCUGUGUUUUGAGAAAAGCCCUGAGAAGUCACGUUUCUUUAUCAUUGCCAUUGUUGAGAUAAUAGCAAAACUGUUUCCUUGUCUCUAAUGUCCUUUCCUAAGUCUGUGUGAUAUUUUGGCCAUUAACGAUCUCACCCCACCUUCCCUACUACUGGUAUGCUACUUUUUUACAUGCUCAAAUUCUGUUAUUUAUUCUUUAUUUAUUGUAUUUUAAUAUAAUGGAAAUAAAUGGCAUGGAUUUAUUUUCCCUUUACUUGGAUUAAGGCUUUGUGAUUCAUGCAAAUAACAUGCAGAUGAUGGCAUACCCAUAUAACUAAUAAAAAAUAUGGUAACCUUUGAUUUUACUGGUGCUGGGAGCUCUUCAUAUGAAUAUGUCACAUCUCUCCAAGUAAAAAUGAUAGCUAUCUGGAGGACUGAGACCCUCUCUGUUGCACAUAUUUUCACAUCCCCACUGUGCGUAGCACAGAGGUGUGCCCAAACUAGUGACUGGUUUUGGGGGAGAACUUCUGUAUGAAGAGGCAAGGAGAAGCCUACACCCAUCUGUAGGUGGGUAUAGCCAUGCAUGUGAAUUCACACACAGACUUUGAGGCUGUCCUUAAAUAGGAAGUGAGAAAUCUCUGUUGGUGAUGCUGGACUUUUCAUAACUCAGGACCAGUUUUCAUAAAGGAGCACAUUGGGCAGAUGUUGAUGGUAGUUCAGCUACUCCUUUACUGUGAGACAUGAUCGAGGCGUUCAUUCAUGAGUUUAAGAAAAUAUAUCAAAAUUCUCCCCUCUUUGGAUGUUUUAGUUUUUUAGGAGCGGGGCAUUUUGUUGUAACUUUCCCUGAAUGUUGCUGCCUUUUAAAAGAAAUUAUUAAGUAGCCCUUCUUUCUCACUUGAACUUUUAGAUAUUUUUCACGACUCAGCUUUCAUGACAAAAAUACUUUCGUUAGGAUCCACAUUAGUACCAGUAAAUCAGAUAUCAUCCUAAAUUAGAAUGCCUGAAUAGCAACGAGGAGGCCAGAAUUUUUGUUCUGAUUUUCCUGCGCCUGAGCUUAUGUGAUUUGCUCUUAUAUGUAAUUUAUUUUGCAUCCUCUUAACUAGGACUUUACAGUAUUAGAGAAACAAAAUUAGGGAAUAUAUGU